AGUACCCGCAGAAACAGGGCUUGGUUCUGUCACGCUUCAUCCACGUAAAAUCACAGGCUGCCAUUGGAGAGCCCGACGGCGAAAGAGCGAGCAGGACGCAGACGCAGGAAGGACGCAGACGAACGCAGUGUCCAUCACACCAGCUGAUGCAACAGACGGCUUAUGUUGGAGACAGUUAUUUAACACAAAUAGAAUAAGAGAGAAAAAGAGAAUAGGGAAGCAGUGAAAAUGGGACGUACCGCAAUACCUAUAUUGAUGGCCGCGUUGUCCUACUGCGUGUGGGAAAACGUCGAGGCUUUGCCCAUGACCGAGGUGAACGGGCCGAGCCCCCAGGUGGUGGAGCCGCAGAUCGCCAUGUACUGCGGCCGCCAGCUCCUGCACAUGAACCUACAGACGGGCCAGUGGGAGCCGGAUCCUCAGGGCCACCAAGGCUGCUUCAAAGAGCCCGGCGAAAUCCUUUCCUACUGUCAGGAGAUGUACCCAGCACUUCCAAUCUCCCAUAUAGAGGAGUCAAAAAGACCUGUCAUCAUCCCCGCCUGGUGUAAGAAAGGUUGGGGCCACUGCCAGACACACUCCUUCAUAGUACUGCCCUACCGCUGCCUAGAGGGCGAGUAUGUGAGCGAGGCCCUGCUGGUGCCCGACCGAUGUCGUUUCCUCCACAAGGAGCAGAUGGAUGCAUGCAAGAGUUACGUGUACUGGCACAACAUUGCUAAAGAGGAAUGCACUGCAGACAAUUUGGAGCUCCAUAGCUACGGGAUGCUGUUGCCAUGCGGAGACCAUUUCCGGGGGGUCGAGUAUGUGUGCUGCCCAGGCCGAGGGACUUCCAGUGGUAAAGGAGAAAUGGAGGAAAGAGACAUCCUUGCUGGUCCUCAGACACUUUCAUCUCACACCAGCGGAAAGCUCAACAUUGUCACCAAAGUGGCAGCCCCGACCCCGUCUCCGGACACCGAUGUGGACGAGGAGGAUAUGGAAGAGGAGGAUGAUGAAGUGGUAGAGGAGGAGGAAGAGGAAGAAGAGGGGGAAGACGAAGUUGAUGAAGAGGAAGUGGAAGAAGAAGAGGAUGUGGAGGCAAUAGCUGUGAGAGAUCCAGAGGAGUACGAAUACCCUAUUGACUCUGGUACUUACCAGACAUCUGACUAUCUGGACUCCUUGUACUCUGAGAAAAGCCCAAAACCCACCACCUCUGCACCUCCAAUGAAGGGCGACAGCGUGACUACACCUCGGCCCACAGAUGGCGUUGAUGUUUAUUUUGAGAAGCCAGUGGAUGACACUGAGCACGCCAACUUCCUGCGUGCUAAAACUGACCUUGAGGAUCGCAGAAUAAAGCGCAUCAAUGAGAUCAUGAAGGAAUGGGCCGAGGCAGACAACCAGUCAAAGAAUCUGCCAAAGUCAGAGCGACAGGCCCUGAAUGAGCACUUCCAGUCUGUACUUCAAACGCUGGAGGAACAGGUCGCUGGAGAGAGGCAGAGGCUGGUGGAGACACAUCUUGCCAGAGUGGAGGCCAUACUUAACAAUAACCGUCGCCUGGCCCUGGAGAACUACCUCACUGCCGUGCAGUGCGACCCCCCUCGGCCGGAGCGCGUGCUGCAGGCUCUGAAGCGAUACAUGGCUGCAGAGCAGAAGGACCGCAGACACACUCUCAGGCAUUACCAGCACAUUGUGGCUGUCGACCCCCAGAAGGCUGAGCAGAUGAAAUUCCAGGUGUACACACAUCUCCAUGUCAUUGAGGAGAGGAUGAACCAGAGCCUUGCAUUGCUUUACAAGGAUCCUACUUUGGCCGAGGAGCUGCACAAUGAUAUCCAGGAGCUGGUCAAGGCAGAGAGAGGAGACAUCAGUGAGCUCAUGACCACCUCCUUCUCCGAGACCCACACUACUGAGGAGCUUCUGCCUGCUGAGAGCGAGGAGGAAAAGGAUGAUGAAGAGGAAGAGGAGAGAGCCUUCCAGAACAGACCUUAUCCUCCCCACAUUGAAGUACAGACUAAUAAGAAAGUUUCUGCAGAUGAGGAAUAUGAUUAUACCACGUCUGAAAGAGGCCCCACGUAUGAAUAUGAGGAAAAGAUCAACACCUCUGUUGAGCUAAAGCCGGUAGUCAACAAGCUACCUGAGCUUGAGAGAGCGGAACUGCAACCUGACGCCUUGGAGACGUUCAACCGUGGCGCCAUGGUGGGGUUGCUUGUGGUUGCCGUGGCGAUUGCCAUGGUGAUGGUAAUUAGCCUGCUGCUAGUGCGCAGAAAGCCAUACGGCACCAUCAGUCAUGGCAUCGUAGAGGUCGACCCCAUGCUGACACCAGAAGAACGACAGCUCAACAAAAUGCAAAAUCACGGCUAUGAAAACCCUACCUACAAAUUCUUUGAGCAGAUGAACUGAGGUACCGGGGCUGCCAACUAGUCAUGCCUGACCACUUGUUUUAGUCCCCCCAGCUCCUCCCUUACAGUGAUAACAGCUACACCCCCUUUGACGGAUUCAUGAUGUGUUGCAACAUAAAGUAUACAAAUAAGUACGGGUGCAAGUCCCAAACCCAUUGUAAAUGACCAGCAUCAUGUCAUCAUAAGCAGAAUGAGAAGAAUGAGAUCGAUUCAAACUCACACAUCACCUAUUGUAAUCUAGCACUCCCUGAGGAUUGUUCUUGCCCGUAGCAGUGUCACAGCGUUUCAUGACCGUGAAAACAUUCACCUCUCAGACCGGAAACCCAUCCCAGCGGCAUGACUUCAUCUAUUGCUCCUCACUAGAAACUGGAGUUGAACGGCGCGUAAUGCUUUGUAGUAUUUAUUUUUCAGUGGUAGUCUCUUUUGUCCAAAUUUUACCACAGUUAGAUAUAUUGUAUCUGUGAAGAUGAAUGCAAAUGACAGUUUAGUUUGGUCUAAUUCUCAAUUUGAAAUCCACUCAGUGAUUAAAUGGAUAAUACUAAGCUAAUUGUCGAACUUUCCUUACCGCCAUUAGCUGCUGUUACAUUGGAAAAUAAUAUUAAUAACAAGACAUGAUCAAAGGGUGAGGAUGUGGCGGUGUUUACUUUACAUGUGGGAGAUAUUUAGGCUUUACUUUUACAAUAUAGAAGGCCAAAAAGACCACCAUACAUAGCUAUGUGCUGGCUGUACAAAUGAUCAUUGUGUUUCUAAAUUCUGAGGAUCUGCCCUCAAUAUUUGUUUUAAUUAUUUGGCAAAGCAUACCAAAUAUUAAGUCAGUGAAUGAGUUUAGUUUAUUUGUACUGCUACCUAAAGAACUGUAAAACAGAUGAAUCAAAAGUCCGUUAUUUUAAUGAAAGCAUGACAAUUUGGUGUAUGAUACAGCUGUAUUUAUUUGUGUUGUUCCUGUCAUUGCUUUUGAAAAGUCGGAAAAUGUCAGCGUACAAAAUUUACACUGUAUAUAACGUAAGAAAUACAUACUACUAGGUGUAGACAUUUCUAUGAUUAAUUUGCAUCAAUGUAACGGAAUAAUAAAUAAAAAAAAAUAGUACAUUGUGCUGUAAGGAGAAGAAAAAACAUUUUCCUAACAUGGCUGAUUGAAAACGGACUGUUGUAAAAACCAGCACAAGACAACGACAAAGUAACUUCUUUCUGAAUGUAUUUAAAGUAGACGUUGAGAUUUCAUCCUAUUUUCAAUAUUGCAUCAUUCCCCCAGUAGACCUUCAUAGGUGUAGUGAAGCUCAACACAUCCAACAGACUACUUGCCUGAUGCCCUUCUUGUCACUUCCUGUAGUGGCCUGUUCCUUUUCACAUGUGGCAGGUUGACGUUAAGGGUUUUUCGCAGUUCAGCGGAGUUUGAAGAGGCCUCAGCUAAAGUGUGUCAGUCUGUAUAGUGAAUGCUUGAAAACAGACCACACGCAGGCAUGAUAGUAGUUAGACAUCCAGUAUAUCUCCCAGUUUGACAAAUUUCAACUCAACAACAUUGAACGUUGGUAUAUUUAAGUCACUCGUCGUAGUUUGUCAUAUUUAUGAUCAACACACCACCAUGUAUAGGUAAGGAAGGAAGGGAUUGCCCCUUUUUUCUGGCUAGUCGUUCAUUACUUCAUGUGUAGGUUGAAUUUAGUGUGUCAGGAGGAAUUUCCUUUAGCCACUUUAGACCAUGUUGGAAGAAGAAGAUCACAUUGUGGAUGUUGCUUUUUGUUCGUCACGUCUUUAACUGUUAGAUAAUGCAUACCAAAAUCAGUUCUCACUGCAUUUAUUUCUUACUGGUGGAAGAUUAUUUUAAUCAACCUGCAUUUGUUCAUUCAGACGAGGAGGUGCUUACUCUUCAUUUUGUUUUGUUUUUUUGUGUAAAGUUAGAUUUGAAAGAAGCAUAAAGAGUUUGACUAUCAGAGGUAUGAUUUGCCAUUAAUCUUCAGUUUCUCUCGUUAGACGAGUUAUUUGCAGGUUGCGGUUGUGCUAUGACAGAUGAAGAGAAGUCAUAGCCCUUGUAUAAUUUGUAUAGCUAUGUUAGUGAAUGAAGACGUUGUAUGUUCACAGUUUAAGUCAGUUGAUCUUGUAAUGAUACUACUGAAACCAUAGAUGAGAAUAAGCUUGCCUGUGUUUCCCAAACCACUUACGGUUACCUACCAGCAUUUAGCAGACUUAGAAUGGUGUAUACUGUAGUUACUCAAAUCACAUUUGUACGUCCUCCGUCAAAUUCUAGACUUCUUCGUUGGUCUGUCCCCUUACUUCCCAACGAAACAUAAACGUUAUUGAGAUUUUAAUUGCUGCAUUAUUGCCUUUUACAAUGCUGUGUUUUGGAUGUAAUUAUUCUGUAUUUUUUAUUUCUACGUGAUAAUCAGUUGAAUCGAGGGUCAUGCUUUCCACGCUUUCCACCGUAUUUUUCGGACUAUAAGGCGCCAUAUCAAUGAACGGCUCUAAUGGACCGUAAUAUUAUGUUCAAGCACAGCGCGUACCCUUACAAAAAGUAGCUGGGGUAAACGUACUGCGUGCUGUUCUCUGAUUGGUUUAUUGCAUCGUAAUGCUUCGACAAUCCGUCAAGCGGAGCGGCUUCGUCGCUCACCAAAGUCGUACUAAAACAUUUUGACAGAUUUUCGAGCGCAGUGUACCACAUCAAAUUGGUUCGAGGUCAGUAAGCACAACAAUAAUUCAUAUAUAAGACGCACUGGAUUAUAGGGCGCACUGCCGAUUUUGGAGAAAAUUGAAGGAUUUUAAGCCUUAUAGUCCGAAAAAUACGGUAAUGUAAAUUAAGAAGCUUGUAUGAAAAAACACUGACAGGUUUGUGGCGUCCAAAGGUAAAAUUUAGGCGGAUAUACGGCCUCUGCCUAAUUAACAAGGAGUGGCACAAGCACAAGUAGAGAAAAGUUUGCUAAACAUUAGACAUUGAUUCUCUCUGUCAGAUUUCAAGUACACCGCAUUGAUUCUAAGGAUGUCGAUAUCAUCAAUAAGAGUGCUGUUUUUAUUCUGAUCGUUAGCCAAAGACAGGCUCCGGAUAUUCCAAUUUGGCAAAAUGUUCUCUGUUGUGUAACUGUAUACAGGGGCAAUCCAAGACAUCAAAACUGGUCAAGCUAAUCAAUAGUGUAAUAAAAAAUGAAUGACCCAUAAAA